AUGAUGCAAUUUGCUAGAGUUUUGGUGGAGACUGAACUUUCGGAGGACCUCCCUAAAUCGGUUCAAUUUCUCAAUGAGAAAGGGCAGUUAAUAGAGCAAUUUCUGGAGUUUGAGUGGCUUCCUACCCAAUGUAGGGGAUGUAAAGUUUAUGGACACACUGAAAGAAUGUGUAACAAGAAACCAGUGGAGGUUUGGAGGGAAAAAACCAGAGUUAGGGAGGAGGAGGACAGGCAAGACCCUAUGAAUCAGCCGAUUGUUGUAGAGACCAAUGAGGCAGUGAUCCCUGAGACUGGUCCUGUUGUUGCAGUGAAUGAGAAUGAGGUAACUGAGACCCCUACUGGGAGUAAUAAGGAGUUGGACAAGCCCAAGGAGAAUUCAAAAUCUGUUCCUGAACCGCCUGUUGUAAACCAGGCUCGGACACCAAUUGAAGGAGGUAUUUCGGACUGGGUUACCCCUAAACGAGUUGGUGGGAAUAAGAAGGCUGUCCAUAGGGCUAAGAACACUUUGAAGAAUUCCUAUAGUGCUUUGCAAGAUAAGGUUGUGGAGGUGGCAAAUUUGGGAUUAACAUCAACAAGUGCCUUGUUGGAGACCAAACUUCGGGGUGAAAAGAUUAAGAAGAUUAUGCAUUCUUUUUUCAGUGGCUGGGAGUUUUUUUCUGGUUCAGUUUCUGAAGGUAGAAUAUUGCUUGUUUGGCAGCAAAACUUGGUAUCUGUAGAUGUUCUGAAGGAAACAGACCAAUUACUUCAUGUUUAUGUCAGGAGUAUAAAGACUAAUAAAUUGUUUUGUGUGACGUUUGUUUAUGGUAGAAAUUCUAUUGAGGAAAGAGUGGCCCUUUGGAGAGAUUUGACUAAUCUGAGUUUUCCAACUGCUACGUGGCUGCUAACUGGAGAUUUUAAUGCUGCUUUUGAGAGUGCGGACAGAGUGGGUGGUCGUGCGAUAUCAUCCCUUGAAUUAGCUGAUGCUCAAAAUUGGAGGGCCUUGGGGUUAGUUGACGAAUUGCGUGCUAGAGGGUCUCAUUUUACUUGGACGAAUAAACAGAUGAAUGAAGACAGAAUAUUCUCAAGAUUGGAUAGAGUUUUCAAGAAUGAAGAUUGGUUGGACAUUUUCCCUCAUUCUGAGGCUGUUUUCAACUAG